UGGGCCCUGAGGGCCAGGCGGGAGAUGCCGCCCUCGGGAGCGAGCUGCCAUCGACGCCUCUCGCCUCAGGGAACUGCUAGCGGCGGGAAGCUCUCGAGGCGGACUCCUCCCGAUCCGGGUCGGCGCUCGCCCUCGCUAGCCUAGCCCUCUGCGCCCCGGUCCCCCAGCCACCAGCGCCAUGGAGAAGACCGAGCUGAUCCAGAAGGCCAAGCUGGCCGAGCAGGCCGAGCGCUACGACGACAUGGCCACCUGCAUGAAGGCAGUGACAGAGCAGGGCGCCGAGCUGUCCAACGAGGAGCGCAACCUGCUCUCGGUGGCCUACAAGAACGUGGUCGGCGGCCGCCGGUCCGCCUGGAGGGUCAUCUCCAGCAUCGAGCAGAAAACCGACACCUCCGACAAGAAGUUGCAGCUGAUUAAGGACUAUCGGGAGAAAGUGGAGUCGGAAUUGCGGUCCAUCUGCACCACGGUCCUGGAAUUGUUGGACAAGUAUUUAAUAGCCAAUGCAACUAAUCCAGAGAGUAAGGUCUUCUACCUGAAAAUGAAAGGCGAUUACUUCCGAUACCUUGCUGAAGUUGCGUGUGGUGAUGAUCGAAAACAAACGAUAGAUAAUUCGCAAGGAGCUUACCAAGAGGCGUUUGAUAUAAGCAAGAAAGAGAUGCAGCCCACACAUCCAAUCCGCCUGGGGCUGGCUCUUAACUUUUCUGUGUUUUACUAUGAGAUCCUUAAUAACCCAGAGCUUGCCUGCACACUGGCUAAAACGGCUUUCGAUGAGGCCAUUGCAGAGCUUGAUACACUGAAUGAAGACUCCUACAAAGACAGCACUCUCAUCAUGCAGUUGCUCAGAGACAACUUAACAUUAUGGACAUCAGACAGCGCGGGAGAAGAGUGUGAUGCAGCAGAAGGGGCCGAAAACUAAGUGCACACAGGGUAUCAUCCUUCCUCCCAUCGAGAAACCUUUUUACACAUCUCCAUUCCUACUCCACUUGGAUUUCCUCAGCAAAGAACCCUUUCAUGUGUAUGGAAGCGGCUGUUUCUAGUCUUUUCACACUGCAGCUUUGGGAAAACUCCACUCCUUGGUUUGUGUUUGUCUUGGCCUUCCUGAUGUGCAGUUACUGCUGUAGAAAAGUAUUAAUAGCUUCAUCUCAUAUAAACAUAAGUAACUUCCAACACUUAUGUAGAGGGCUAAAAAUGUAUUUGGUAUUUAAGUAAUCUGAACCAGUUCUGCAGUGACUGUGUUUUGUAUUACUGCGACGAUAUGAUGACAAUGUAGUUAAUUACAAUUUAAAGAGUGUUCUACAUAACUUCUUAAUUUCUACAUUCCCUCCUUUUCUCUUCUUUGGGGUUUCCAUUCAGUAAGCAACAUUUCCACCCUGCUGCUGUGUUCCUUUUUAGUAGGAAUCCAGAAGUAUUAGCCUGAAUGGGAGAGCACAUGGUGUCGCUGGGCCGGGAGGCAGGUCACAAUUGAGAAGCCUCCCGUAUCCCCUUUGGUGGAGGUCAUGUCUGUCUGUGACAACAGGAGUUUCCUUACCUUCAUUUGCUGCUGUUUAAGUUGACAACUUCCCUUCCCAAUAAAAAUUCACUUACACCUCC